CCACCUCCUAACUUCAUCCCUUUUUCACCACUAAGAAAAGAAUUGAUAAUUUCAUUUCUCACUGUUUCCUUUACCAUUAGUUGCCUAAUUCUUGUGAUAAUCUUAUCACUUAAUAAACUUUUAUAAUCUUUUCUUGUAAGCUAUUGAUCCUUCACCGUUAAGAAACAAAAGAGCAAAGGAUAAACUUUGCUUCAUUCAACUAGAAAACAAAACCCACCUCUUGCUUCUCUAUUCCCCUCACGGUUAAGAGCUUUAUAAUACAAAGUCUAAUUUUGCCUUUCCAUAUAAUUGGUCACUCAAAACCCCAUGAUUAUCAAUUUAGCAAAUCUUGAUCUUAUCUUCUUCUUUCUUUCAAGUUCAUUCUAGCAACCAUAUUACUCUAUAUAUAUAUAAAACGUCACCACCGUUCACUAGUGUCAUUAACUCAUUAUAUACUUUCUUUUCUCCUUUCGUAAACUUUCUUGUCAAACUAAUGAAAAUGGCCUUCUAAGACCCAUUACCUUAUUGCUUCGUAUACUACUAAUUAGCCCAAGAAGAAUCGGACCUCGGAGCUCAGUGAGAACGAUAGAAUAAAGGCUAACAGGAAGGUUAUUAGACCGUAAAUCGAGGUACUACUGGGGAUGAUGGAGACGAGUAGUAGCGAGGAUUUUACUUUCAGUUAUCACUUAAUAGUAGUUAUAGUUUUAAUUUGUUUAAUUUGAAUAGUAAGACUAAGCUACUUAGUAAAGUUUGAGAUAAGAUAGGAUUUUCUAUUAUAAAAAUUAAGAAUAAUGUUUGUUAUAAAUAGAUUACUAUGUUUUAUAAAUCAAGUUUGUUAAUUAAGUAUGUUUGUUGCCUUGUAAAUCUCGUGAGGGAUUUACGGCAGUGACGUCCCGACCGUGUUAGGUUAAUUCCGCUGCUAAGAUUAUCUUAAUAAUUGAAUUAGAGGUCGGGGUGUUACAGUUAUAAACUAUGUGGAUAUGUUUCUUAAAGGGUUAAUUUAAGAAUUUAUAUUAAAUUAUGUGUCAUUGAUGUCAUUAGUGCUUGGUUAAUGCUUAAUUUUACUUUGUCUUACUUUAGAAAUUAUUGUUGUAUUUACCUUUUUUUUAAGCAUAAUGUUGGUCAAAAUUAUGUGUCCAGGUGAUAAAUAGACAAAGAUUAAAACUAGUAAACAAAAAGGGGGGAAAAAUAAAAACCUUGCAAAAGUUAUAGUACUAUAUACUUCAUUACUUCGUAUAUUUUUAACAAGGAUGUUAUGAAAAUAAAAAGACAAAAAUUAUAACUAGUAAACAAAAGGGAAAAAAUAAAAUAAAACCUUGCUAAAGUUGUAGUACUAAGGAUAAUGUCAUGAAAAUAAAAUUAAUUAACCUUCCUAUAUAUUAGAAUCCUAUAGGCAUAGAUGUAUAACCAACUCCAAUGUAUAAACUAUAAACGAACUUAAUUUGACUUAAUAAAGUUGUAGGUUGAUUUUAUUCUUGUUUAAUACUCCAUAAAAUCUAAGUCAAAGCCUCAAAGGGCAUAAUGGAAAAAUCUUAAAUAUCUCGCUUUUUUUUUUUUCUCAAUUUUCAUAUUCCUAUUAUUUUAUUAGAUUGUUCGAUCUUAAAAUAUGGUUCAUGCACUUUAUCUAUUUCCUAUCCACCCUUAAUUUUCUAAGCACGCAUAAUUUGUUUCUUAACAUCUUUAUAGGAGAUUUAUUAGAAUGCCCACUAACAUAGCAUGAUCCAUGUAGCCAGCCUUAAGAAAAGCAAUCAUCUUGAUUUGAACCAUUAAAGCUUUUAGUAGAGAUGAUAAUUAAGUAACUAUUAGUACUAACAAAAGCAAUCAUCUUGAUUUGAACCAUUAAAGCUUUUAGUAGAGAUGAUAAUUAAGUAACUAUUAGUACUAACAAAAGCAAUCAUCUUGAUUUGAACCAUUAAAGCUUUUAGUAGAGAUGAUAAUUAAGUAACUAUUAGUACUAACAAAAGCAAUCAUCUUGAUUUGAACCAUUAAAGCUUUUAGUAGAGAUGAUAAUUAAGUAACUAUUAGUACUAACAAAAGCAAUCAUCUUGAUUUGAACCAUUAAAGCUUUUAGUAGAGAUGAUAAUUAAGUAACUAUUAGUACUAACUAUUUUUUAUUUGAUGGAGUUUAUAACUAUAGCAAUAGUUUUGCUUUGUUCAUAUCUUGCUGCAAAGGUCAUAUACCAAUGGCUUAAGCUCAACUUACAUACACCACACAAGCUCCCACCUGGCCCACCAAGGUGGCCCUUUUUUGGAAACCUUCUUCAAUUAGGUCCACUUCCACACCGUGACUUCGCCUCCUUUUGUGAGAAAUAUGGACCCUUGGUCUACCUAAAGCUCGGCAAUGUGGGUGCCAUAACCACUAAUGAUCCAGAAAUCAUACGUGAAAUAUUGGUUCGACAAGAUGAGGUUUUUGCCUCUCGACCACAAACAUUAGCCGCAACCCACCUAGCCUAUAAUAGUGGCGAUGUGGCCUUAGCUCCAAUGGGCCCAAAAUGGAAAAGAAUGAGAAGGAUUUGCAUGGAGCACUUGCUCACGACUAAAAGACUCGAGCUCUUUGUGAAUCAUCGAGCUGAAGAAGCCCAACAUUUGAUUCAAGAUGUAUGGGGUCGUUCCCAAGGAAAUAAGGCGGUUAACUUAAGGGAUGUGUUGGGCUCAUUUUCUAUGAACAAUGUAACUAGGAUGUUGUUAGGGAAGCAAUACUUUGGAGCUGGAACGGCGGGUCCACAAGAGGCCCUAGAGUUCAUGCACAUAACACAUGAAUUGUUUUGGCUAUUAGGCUUGAUUUACUUGGGUGAUUAUUUGCCAAUUUGGAGGUGGGUUGAUCCAUAUGGGUGUGAGAAGAAAAUGAGAGAGAUUGAGAAAAGGGUUGAUGAUUUUCAUACCAAGAUAAUUGAGGAGCAUAGAAGGGCAAAGAAAAUAAGAGAAGAUUUGGGAGUAGAUGAUGGAGAAAUGGACUUUGUGGAUGUUUUGUUGACCUUGCCUGGAGAAGAUGGAAAGACACACUUGGAAGAUGUGGAAAUCAAAGCUCUAAUCCAGGAUAUGAUAGCUGCAGCAACAGACACAUCAGCUGUGACAAACGAAUGGGCAAUGGCUGAAGUAAUAAAGCAUCCACGUGUCCUUCAUAAGAUCCAACAAGAACUUGACACAAUUGUGGGACCCAACAGAAUGGUAUUAGAAUCAGAUCUUCCACAACUUAAUUACUUGCGUUGUGUUGUACGAGAAACUUUUCGCAUGCACCCAGCAGGGCCCUUCUUAAUCCCACACGAAUCACUACGCCCCACCACAAUCAAUGGCUACGACAUCCCAGAAGGGACACGUGUCUUCAUCAACACACAUGGACUAGGGCGAAACCCUAUGGUGUGGGACAAUAUAAAGGAAUUCUAUCCAGAAAGACAUUGGCCGUUGGAUGGGAGUAGAGUUGAGAUCAGUCAUGGAUCUGAUUUUAAGAUAUUACCAUGUAGUGCGGGAAAGAGAAGAUGUCCAGGGGCCCCACUUGGAGUAGUGUUUGUAUUAAUGGGAUUAGCUAGGCUUUUCCAUGCAUUUGAUUGGUUGCCACCUGAUGGAAUGAAGCCAGAGGAGAUUGAUACCAAGGAAGUUUAUGGGAUGACUAUGCCUAAAGCUCAACCUCUAAUGGCUUUGGCUAAACCAAGACUUGCCCCUCAUUUCUAUCUAUGAUACAUCUUAAGAGUUGCUCUAGCAAUAGCUUCGCGUGUCUUUCUUUUUUUUCUUGUAAACAUAUAAAUAUUGGCUUGGACCGACUCCUAUGCUUAAAAAGGUUACACUUUGUAUGAAAAUGAUAGUCCUAUAACUUGGUACUA